UGUGUAAAUCAGCCAGUCGACUGAUGGUGCGGAGAAAAAAAGGCAGCAGUAGCAGUAGUGAUUCAAUAAAACUAUUAUCGCGAGUGAGUGCAACCCGAAGUUGUGGCGCAGGAAAAGAUUUCCCUUCCAAUCGGAAACCUCCUACUACUAGAAGUGGCUGGAAAAGUGUCAAAAUAUCCGAGCGAUCAAAAUACGUUGAUAGCAGCCCCUGUUGUCAUCAAUAGUGCAAACGACGACUGAGCAGCAUUCGAGCAAGGGCAGUGCGCGAUAGUGGCGAGCACGUGCGUUGUGUGCGCCUACCGCAAUAAUUGUACUCAUUUAGUGUAAGAACCCCCGAACACGUCCCUAGGCCACAAUGGCAACUAGGAAAAAGGUCCUGCUGAAAGUGAUAAUCCUUGGCGACAGCAGCGUCGGCAAGACGUCGCUCAUGAACCAGUAUGUUACGAAGCGCUUCUCGAACCAAUACAAAGCCACGAUCGGCGCUGAUUUCCUGACAAAGGAAGUGGUGAUCGACGAUCGAGUGGUGACGAUGCAGAUUUGGGACACUGCCGGUCAGGAACGGUUCCAAUCAUUGGGGGUGGCAUUCUACCGCGGAGCAGAUUGUUGCGUACUAGUAUACGAUACAACGGCGCCCAAUACGUUCAAAAAUCUCGACUCCUGGCGGGACGAGUUUCUAAUCCAGGCAAGCCCACGAGAUCCCGACCACUUCCCGUUCGUGGUGCUUGGCAACAAAAUCGAUUUGGAGAACAGGGCCGUGUCCACGAAACGUGCCCAGCAGUGGUGCCAAGCCAAGAACGAUAUUCCCUAUUUCGAAACGUCAGCCAAGGAAGGCAUCAAUGUAGAUCUGGCGUUCCAAACGAUUGCCAAAAACGCGUUAGCCCAGGAGAGUGAGGUUGAACUGUACAACGAGUUCCCCGAUCAAAUCAAGCUGAACGCGGACCGCAACAAUCGGCCUCGAAACGGAGACAACUGCUCGUGCUAAUAAUCCGCUACCCGCUGGAAGGUAAUCAAUAGAUAUAUUUCAAUAGUAUCCAAACACUGAAAAGAAAUUAGCAAAAGGCACGCUGCAAAAAUAGUAACAACAUCAACAAACAAGGUAUAACAAUGCGUGUUUGUGCGUAAGGCUAAAACAAGUUGUAAGUAUAUAGAGACACUCCACAGCAAGUAAUAAUUAUGAUCAAAGAUGAAAAACAAUAAACAGCUAAAUAACACAGUAUCCAGUAUGCAGUAGAUAUAUCGACGUUUAUGAAAAACUCAGCAAAUUAUUAUUGAUUUCGAUGAAUACGAAUAAAAAAAAAUGAUUAACAUAAAAAUCACAUCCUUGCGCAGAUCUCUCAUUGCAUUCAGAACACAAUUCUAGCGUUGCGGUAAAAAUGGAAAAAGAAAAAUAACCCUAUGUUAGAAAACUAUAUUUUUAUUCGUUUCGCAUUCGUUAAGGGAAAGUGUACUAUCGGGCCCUAACAUGCCGGAGAGACUUUAUCGUUCGAGACAGAAGUUGGUGAAGAGAGUGUAUAGUAGUUGUUAAGUAUAUAUCUUUUUUAGAUAAGCAUCAAUGCAGCAGACACUCUUGAAAUUGAUCCUACUUUCUCAAUUGGGGAAUUGCUUUUUAGUUUUGAUUUAAUACUAUCCCCGAUCGGUUGUUCUAUGUUUUGUUAAAGUUAAGAAUUCCUGUGGGUUUCCUUUUAAUUUUCCUUUCCAAACUAUUGCACUUGUGUGUCGGCUUACAACAUUCAAGAUUCUUACUUUGAUAUCCGUUUGCAUGAUGCUUAUUAUUAAAUUAUUGAUUACUGAUGAAUAUUAUAUGCUGCAUAGAAUAUAGCUAAGAAUUCAUGAAUGCAAACAAACCGAACUCUUUGAUGAUUCGAAGCGAUCUAUGUCUACACUAAUCAAAGCCAGAUCAAAUAAACAAACCAUACAAUGACAAAUUCAAUGUAUUUGUGAAAAUGAAAUAGGCAAAUUGAAUUGGACGAGCUUUGAGCUAACAUAAAAUUAAUAAUUUUAACCUCUUACACUGAAUCAUCGUAGAAAAUGAAAAGUUGAUAUCAUCGUUUGAGAUAAUGUAGCUCUGAUGAAAAAAAAAAUCAUGUGCAAUUGCAUCAUGAAACAAACCGUGACUACAUGAACAGGAAAUUUUGCAGACACGCUACCAUAGCAAACCAGUUGUACAUCUAAACCAACAAAAAAAAACAACAAAAUUUAUGAACGAACGAGUGAAAACUAGAUUCUUUUGUUUUGAUUGCUUCCGUUCGAUAGCGCGUGUUAGCUAAAUUAACAGCACGAUAGAAUGCGCUAAUUUUAUUACAGAUACACACUGAUGGGAAAAUUCGGAAAAAUAAUUCAGACAACUAUUUAAAGUAGAUAUACAUAAUGAACAAUAAACAUAAAUUAAAGUGAUAUGAA